GUUAACAUUCUAAACCCAGAUUUAACGCCGAAUAUUAAUAUAACUCGCCGCCGAACAUUGUAAUAAAGUAACCGGAGACAGAAUCUCUGGGUUUAUGCUAUGAUUAGAUAAUAGACCCUUUAGAUGCGCUACAAAUUUUUAAAUCAUUGACCCGAAAUCUAAUGUAACAUGUGACGUAAAUUCACGAGAGUGCGUAAUGAUAAUGUAAACAUAACCCCGUUUUUUUCGAUAGCUUCCCAAAUGUUUAUUCCAUAAAUGUGUACUUCGUACUCCUGAGUGAAAUUAUUCUCCCAAAGGGGUAUUUUUUGGAUAAAUUAAUCAAAUUUUGACAAUAUUUAAUUAAUCUGGAUGAAAACCCGUAUCCUUACCAAUAUUGAAAUAUUCCUCAUACUUUUAAUAAUGAAUAGAAUUCUGAAAGGUAUAAUGAAAUAUAGGGAAAUUAAAAAGGAAAAAAUGGUACAACAGUUUCUGAAGGUCAAAGACAAUCCAAUGCCAAAGGCAGUGUUUUUCACCUGCAUAGAUAGUAGAAUGAUACCUACACGUUUCACACAAACUAAUGUAGGAGAUAUGUUUGUAGUUAGGAAUGCUGGCAAUAUCAUCCCACAUUCACAACAUUUCGAUGAUGAAUUAACAUCAAAUGAACCAGCAGCUUUGGAGCUAGGUUGUGUGGUUAAUGAUAUAAGGCACAUAAUAGUUUGUGGACAUAGUGAUUGCAAAGCAAUAAAUUUAUUAUACAAGUUGCAGGAUGCCAAAUUUGCAUCACAGGAAAAUCGAAGGCUGUCUCCUCUACGAGCUUGGCUCUGUUCACAUGCCUGCACCUCUCUGGAAAAAUUCCAACAGCUAGAAGUGGCUGAUUUCACAAUGCCACUCAUUUUUCAAGCAGAAACUCCCAUGAGGAAAUUUGUUGCUUAUAUUGAUCCAGAUAACAAAUUUUCCUUAGAAGAUAAGUUGUCUCAAAUAAAUACUUUACAGCAAUUGCAAAAUAUUGCUAGUUAUGGAUUUUUGAAAAAAAGAUUAGAAACUCAUCAGUUGCAUAUACAUGCACUCUGGUUUGAUAUCUAUACAGGAGAGAUUUAUUACUUUAGCAGGGGGGCGAAAAAAUUUGUUAUUAUUGACGAGGGUAAUAUAAUGAAACUUUUAGAUGAGGUAGAAAAUUAUUAUUCAUGAUCAAUUUUAAAACAAGUGCUUCACUGCAACAACUUAUUUCACUCCUCUCUAAUUGUUGCUAGAACUCUUUUCUAAUUUAUUCUAAUAAGUCACAAGGAAUAGCGAAUUAAGUCUUUUCGUAAUUUUGGCAGUUUUUGAAAAUAUAAUAUUCAAGAUGAAGCAUCUUGAAUAUUCCUCAUUUUCAAAUGAAAACUGGUAAACUCGCGAUGGCUGUUGCUCGCUCUCACAUUUUUUUCAGUGGAAUGAAGAGAGUGUAAUUUAAGCUGUGAUAAAAAAAAAUAUCCUAUUACUCGCAUAGGUAAUUAAUAUUGAAUUUCGAAUACAUUCCAGGGUGCCUUUAAGAACAUAUAUUAUAGCUUAAAUUUUUAUAUCUUAUUGAAUUUUUAUGAGGAUAUUUUUAUGAACUAUUAAAUGUUUUUGACUA